GUGGUUCCGGUAGCCAAGAUGGCGGCAGUCGCCAACCAGACUUCUGUGGAGUCGGCACCCCGAAUCUUGCGGCUGGUGGCCGAGUGUAGUCGCUCCAGGGCUCGGGCGGGCGAGCUGCGGCUGCCGCACGGGACAGUGGCCACUCCGGUGUUUAUGCCGGUGGGCACACAGGCCACCAUGAAGGGCAUCACCACCGAGCAGCUGGACGCGCUGGGUUGCCGCAUCUGCCUGGGCAACACCUACCAUCUGGGUCUGAGGCCGGGUCCAGAGCUGAUCCAGAAAGCCCAUGGGCUCCACGGCUUCAUGAAUUGGUCCCACAACCUGCUGACGGACAGCGGUGGCUUCCAGAUGGUGUCCCUGGUGUCCCUUUCUGAGGUGACAGAAGAGGGCGUUCGCUUUCGCUCCCCCUACGAUGGCGCUGAGACCCUCCUGAGCCCGGAGAAGUCGGUGGAGAUCCAGAACGCUCUGGGCUCGGACAUAAUCAUGCAGCUCGACGAUGUGGUCAGUAGUACUGUGACGGGGCCACGUGUACAAGAGGCGAUGUACAGGUCAAUCCGUUGGCUGGACCGGUGCCUUGCAGCCCAUCAGCGGCCGGAUAAGCAGAACCUCUUUGCUAUCAUCCAGGGUGGGCUGGACGCAGAUCUCCGAGCUACCUGCCUAGAAGAGAUGACCAAGAGGGAUGUGCCAGGCUUCGCCAUCGGGGGCCUGAGUGGGGGUGAAAGCAAGGGCCAGUUCUGGAAGAUGGUGGCGCUGAGCACCUCGCGGCUGCCUAAGGACAAGCCCAGAUACCUGAUGGGGGUCGGCUAUGCCACUGAUCUGGUGGUCUGUGUGGCUCUCGGAUGUGACAUGUUCGACUGUGUCUUCCCCACGCGGACUGCGCGUUUUGGCUCUGCCCUGGUGCCCACGGGGAACCUGCAGCUGAAGAAAAAGCAGUAUGAGAAGGAUUUCAGCCCCAUCAACCCGGAGUGUACCUGUCCAACGUGCCAGAAGCACAGCCGGGCCUUCUUGCACGCACUGCUCCACAGUGACAACACUGCUGCCCUGCACCACCUCACGGUCCACAACAUCGCCUACCAGCUGCAGCUGAUGAGCGCGGUGCGGGCCAGCAUCGUGGAGAAGCGCUUCCCUGCCUUCGUGCGGGACUUCAUGAACACCAUGUAUGGGGACCCCACCCUUUACCCUCCCUGGGCCACUGAAGCCUUGGCAUCUGUGGGAAUCACACUGGGCUGACC